AUGGCGGGGCGCGGCGACGGCCGACGCGUGCGGCGCCGGUCCGCGUUUGAGAGCUUUGACGAGGGAACCUGGAUCACAGACGUGCGCGAACGGCUACGAAGCGCACUAUUGCACCGGGACGACGUGUCGCGCGAGGAACAUGGCGUGAUGGGGACGCCGCAGCCUCGCACAGACGCCGAAGAGAUUCCCCAGGAUCCCAAGGCCAAGGCGCAUAUGCAGCUUACUGCAGAGGCGAUGCAGGAAAUGCUCGCUCUGGGAGGCGUAAUGGAUGAGGAGAAGAACGCGCCGGUUGUUAUUGAUAAAUUUGCCGAGCAGGUAUGGCGCGUCGAUCAGCCGCCGAAGGGGGAGGCACGGCCCUCGUCGCUCUUUUCCGCGUUUCGUAGCGGCGAGGGCGUCGACAUCGAUGCCAUGCUACGGUUCCGCAUGGGCGAGCAAGAAGAGAGCCCCAGCCAGGUGCAGAAGGAGAAGCGGCCUUUGAUUGAGGAUAUUUCUGCUUUCCCAGACGAGGACGAUGAGGAGGACGACGAGGACGAGGAUGAGGAUGAGGAAGAAAGCGGAGAGGAAGAAGAAAGCGAGGAAGAGCUCGACGAGGAGGAAGAGGAAGAGGAGGACGAAGAAGAGGAGGACGAGGAAGAGGAAGAGGAGGACGAGGAAGAAGAAGACGAGGAAGAGAAAGACGGACACAAUGAUUACAAGCGCCGUGUCAAUGACCCUGACGCCGCGGAUGAUCUCUUUGAGGAUCAGGGCGAAGAGCAAGAGGGUCCUUCGGAAGACGAGCCGAAAGAUGAGGAUUCGUCUUCCUUUCCACCUCUUGCCUUCCCCAACGCGAUGCAAUCACGCUGGCUUCCCAGCGUCCAUAACCUCGUUCGCCAGCCUUCUCGUGGACAAGAAGACUCUCCUAUCGUGGUCCUCUCUGACAGCGACGACGAACAUCCGCCCCAACGUCCUAGUAUGCUUCGUUCCCAUGGCCUGUAUGGACCAGAUGAGGAGGAGGACGAUGAAGAAGAGGAUGAAGAAGAGGACGAAGAAGGCGACGAAGAGGAUGAAGAGGGCCGCGACGAAGAGCAUUAUGCGCAUCCUCCCAGCAUGCUUCGUUUUCAUGGUCAGUACCAACGCGACGACGACGAAGAGGACGAAGUCGAAGAGGACGAAGCCGAAGAGGACGAAGCCGAAGAGGACAAAGUCGAAGAGGACGAAGCCGAAGAGGACGAAGUCGAAAAAAAUGAGGUCGAAGAAGACGAGAUUGACGAGGACGAGGUCGAAGAGGACGAGAUCGAAAAAGACCAAGUCGAUGACGACAAAAUCAAAAGCCACGACGAUGAAAAGGUCGAGCUUAAAGACGACAACGUCCAAGACGUCCAACUUGCCAACUUUGAAAGCGGCCAAGACCAAGUCAAUUUCGAAGAAGAACGCGCUAACGACCAAGUCCAAGUCCAAGAGCAAAGCGUCGCAGACAACGAGGACAAUAAAGAGACCAUCCAUGAUGAUCAUGUGUACCCUCCAGCUGAUUCUAAAACUCUCCAAGAAGCAGAAGAUCAAGAGCGGGCUGCAGACGAGCUCGAAGAAAUGGUCCAAGACGUGCAAGACUUUGUCCAAGACGCGCCCAAAGCACACUCGGAAAUGGAUGAACUUGGCCAAGUCCAAGACGCAUACGAGCACGACCAAGGCGAGGAGCCAGAACAAAGCAUUACAACACGCGACGUGAAAGAGCACGACACGGCCCAGCCUGUCCUGGACAUUCAAAUUCAAGACCAUGUCGAAGAAGACUACCUCGAAGACGACCAUGUCGAAGAAGAGCAUGUCGACGAAGACCCUCUCGAAGAGGCAGCGGACGACGAAUACAUCGACGAAGACUACCAAGUCGUUGAAGAAAGCGACUCUGCGCGCCAAGCUGCAUCGCUUCCGAAUGGAGACGAUGCAGCCCAUUCGACCGAGGCAGCCUCUGCGCAUGAUCCGGUACAGGAGCACAUGGAGGACCGUUCCGAAGACCAUGAUCGUAUCCCGAUCGAAAUGCCGCUCGACGAGCACGCACGGUCGGUGUCGAGCGCGAUUGACUACGCGGACACGUUCACGCGCGAGCUUGUGGCAGAGAUGGGUCUCGGCGCGAAGCACGUUCAGGAACAUGAAUCGGGUGCGGACGUGUCGACCUCGGGGGCCAUUGCCGACCAUGCCUGGCCGUCGUUUGACGCUAUUGAAAGGGCACCGGCACCGAGCGCAAUGCUGCUGAGCGACGAUGAGCGUCCUCCUGUGAGCAUGCAGAGCAUCUUGCAAGAGGAGCUUGGAGCCCUUUCAGGCGACGAGUUGGACAAGCUUCCGAUGCCGACCGAAGUCGUCUUGGACCGUGCGCCUGUUGAGCAACGUGAUGACGAGGAAGCUGAGCAUGCCUCUGGCACACAACUCGACAAUCAAACUCCUGACAAAGUUGGCGAGGUCGAGGCUACCAACACUGAAGUCGAUGAAGACGACCAUGACGAGCAAGAGCUCGAGGCGCCUGCAGACGACGCUCAGAGUGAUGCGCCUAAUCCUGACCAAGCCGAUGACGCGAAUGUGGACCAAGAUACAGUGGAAGAAGCACCACAGCCUUCUGACCAUGCAGAGACAGAUGUACAAACGGAUACCGACCAUAUACCCCCCGCUACGCGUAAAGUUCCUUCCGACGACGAGGCGGCCGUUGAGGCGGCCCUGGACAACAACCACGGUGCGCACCACGCCGACACUGGGCACAUUACCCGCUCGCACUGUGCCUUUCAGCGCCUGACGCUGCUGAACGAGACGGGUGCACCGACGUUUAUUGUGCGUUCGUGUGCGAUGAACCCCGAAGUAUUGGCAGAAGAAGGUGCCGAGAGCACCGAGUUAUUCACAGAGAGCCUCGAGAUGCUUCCGCUCGAUGCCGAUGCAUUGCCAGAGCCCGUGUACCAUGCCCUGUGCCGUAUAGUGGGCCCGAGCCUGCUGGAUGACGUAUAUGUCAUGCCAUCGUCUCUGGGUGCACAGUGGAUGGAGGAAGACGAGGAAGAAGAAGAGGGCGAGGAACAGGCAGACGAGGUCAAGGAAGCGAAAGGCGACGACGACGACGAGCAGGAAGACCAAGCCGAGGACCGAGCGGACAAUGAGCAGGAAGCCGAGACCAAAGGGACCCAGCACGGCGCGGCCGAAGCGGUCCCGGAAACUGCGCCCUCUGCGACGGUCGACGACGAGGCGGACGAGCAAGACCUCAAAGAGGCCGAGCAGAUGCUUCUGGGCCCUACCCAAGAAGCUCCCUCGUCGGACCUCGAGCCUGAUACCUCCUCGGAAGCCCACCGCAUUGUCCGCCAAACCUAUGGCCGCCGGCACCGGCGUCCCCGCAAGUCGGACUCCAGCAGCGGCGCGGCCGACUAUCUUCCCCCGGACACGCCUCCGAAACGUCGCACGGACCCCGCGGAGGUGUCCAUUGAGGAGCUCGAGGCACUUUCGGACCGGCAACCGAAACCGCAGCGCCGUGCUCUUUCGCUCGCUAGGCCGGGUGCUGUCCGCCUGUACAGCCAGGCGAAGCUCCCUUCUAUGGACUUUAUUCGCGCACAACAGCGCGAAGAAGAAGCGCGUAUCCAAGAGGCGGAGCAAGCCGUUGCGGACCUCGGCUUUCCCGCGCCUGCUAUUUAUCGGCAGAAGCUGACGUGGGGAGAUCAUGAUCAGUUCCGCCAUGUGAACAAUGUGCACUACAUUCGCUGGUUUGAGAAUGCCCGUUUUGCCUUUUUUGAGCUGAUGGCAAACAACCUCCCCCGUCAGAUGUACGACGACGUUGUGCAAGGCCGCAACCUCGGUGUGAUCCAAGCGACAAAUUAUUGCCGCUAUCGCCGCCCUGCGUUGUACCCCGAUACGAUUCUCGUUGGUCAGGCUGUGCAGAUGCCGAUCGUCAAGAGUGAUCGCUUCACGAUCAAGACGGUCGCCUACUCCGUCGCGCAGCGCGCCGUUGUUGCGGAGGGCUUGCAGGAUCUAGUGUCGUAUGACUACAACAAGCUGCGCAAGGCCGACAUGCCCCCCGAGCUGCGUGAAGAGGUUGAGCUGUGGGCGUACACGGGCCGUUGA